UACCGAGAGCCGAGAGUGCACGCACCGCUGACAAACGCAUCCGGCCAAAUGGAGCACUAGACUAUAAUUAUGGAUCGUGGCUUGCCGCACACGCACCAUUGAAAAAGACCUUCAUACGACGAACAGGGUGGAGAACAGAUACAUCUAUAGGUCCUGCAGUUGAAGUUUCCGAGUUUAUUAAUCGACAACGGCAACAGUCAUUAGCGAUGGGGGACAGUAUGAUCCCCGCGGAUUUAUUCUCGACACCAACAGCUUUGGUGACCGGUGGCGGGGAAGCGGACGACGGGGAGGAAGCGACGAAGCGACGGUCGCCUGAGCGGUUCAAAUUCGAAAUCCCGUUCCUGACCAGCGUCUUCGUCCUAGGGUUGGUGGGCAACCUCUUCGUGCUGGUCGUUUACUCCCGGAAGAGGUACCGACGCUCCAAUGCUGCUCUGUACAUUCUCAAUCUUGCCCUGGGGGACAUGCUGGCCCUCGCGGUCGUUCUGUUCCACAUCACCGAAUUCUUCAAGGUCACGUGGCCCAGUCUCUGGCGGGACGACCUCCAGUGCAAGGUGCAUCGUUACUUCCGGUUCGUGGCAUUUGACCUGACGGUGUUCAACAUGGUCGCCAUAGCGAUCGACAGGUAUUUCGCCGUGGUGCACCCACUGCGGUUCCGGCUGACGUUCACCGCCAGACGGACCAAGAUCAUAUGCGUGGGCAUCUGGUUCCUGGCUGUCCUCGCUGCAAUACCCACGCCCUUCAUGUUUGAGGCGUUCCAUAAUAACGAUACAUCACUGGUUGCUGUCACCUACACCGGGAAACUUCCCUUUGCCUGUAAGGUGGUCGUGCCCUUUGGGCCUUGGUGGCCCGAGUUCAAGAGCGUGUACCUCAACAUCGUGCUAUUCUACGUGCCCACAAUUCUCACAGUCGUCAUCUACGUCGUGAUCAUCGUCAGCAUCCGACGGGUGAACAGGCCCCAGCACACCACCGGUUCCAACGCCACCGACGCUGACCUGCGCCGCCGCAAGGUCAAGGGCUGGAAGUCGGCCCGGACGCUGCUGGUGGUCUUCUUGGCCUACGUCGUCUGCUACGGCUCCUUCGCCACCUACAACGUGCUCUCCAGGUACGCACCCGGCGCCACGGUCCCGCCAGAACUUUACAACGUGUGCCUGCUGCUGCCCUUCGCCAACAGCUGCAUGAACCCCAUCAUCUACUCGUUCGUCACGUCCAGCUUCCGCAAAGCCUGCCGGGAGCUCCUGUGCCGCAAGCGCCGGACGCGGAUCUUGGACAGAAAUACGGCCAGCAGGGAUGACGUGCUGGGGCCCGGGAUCGUGUUGAAAUUGAGAGUUGUGAAUAACAGUAACUAUUCAAAUGAUGGCAUAUUUUGUUAUUAGUUACGAGUACUUCGUAUCUACGAUCCAAACGGAACGGUUUGCUGGUAGCGGGGUUUUUUUCAUCCGGGCGCAUAAUUGUUAUUCAAGUUCUACUCGAGGUCAAAAAAUACAUUUGUAGAUUGGUUUGUAUUAUACAUGCCUGUUAAAAUAAAUUGUUACCUUUGCAGCUUGUAUUGAUUGAGAUUUACUUUCACCAGCGCCCUUUCGAUUUGGUGGCGGGUACCAGCAAAGGCUUAUUAGACGCGACUUCAAUUGAUGCGUGCUAACUAAUAAUGUUUGUUUAUUACAGCCAAGAAGUUUAUUUUCGUCGCUAAUAUCUUACUUACGUAAACGGGCAUUAAAAUGGGGAUUCAUGGAACAAAAUGCGGCUACAGAAACGUUGUACCUCAGACCUCAGAGUCAAUCUAUUCAAGUGCACUGAUUUCUAGAAUGUACUUUAUAAUUUGAGGGAAGCAUAAUGACAAGAUCUAUUUUGUAUGGAAUAAACACCUGAAUAUGCAUAAUCUGUUAUCAAACAACUGAGAUUUACAAAUCGCCUUUUUUCUGAAUCUUUAUGCCAACCAAAAGCCCAUGACGGCCAUAACGAACGACAGCACGCAAGACACUGACAGUCGUGAAAAAGACGGUGUAUGCAGUCAAUCCACAGAAAAAAUGAAAUUAUGGUCCGAAAAUGUGCGAGUGAAAUUCCACUGUGAUACUAUUUUUUUUUAAAGAUAAAUUCGUACUUUUGUCGAUAUAUUCAUUUGUGCUCAGCUUCAUUUGUGAAGUUUGAGCUUCCUUUGUGGGGUUUCUCUUCCAAGUCCUGAUGAAAUGCCUGGUACUCAGACGAGAGGGACGUCAGUGUGCGCCCGCCAUUCGGUCUUUGCACGCUGCCGCCAUAGGUAUGCACAGCCUCGAACAGGCAGCUUGUACAAUCGCGUCCGAAUCGCUUUGUCCAAUUCCGUGGUGUAAGAACUACCACAACGCGCACAAAAUUACCUGAGCAACAUUCGCGGGAAUCACUGAAUUGGCUAUAUUCAUUGUGUAAUUAAGCUGCCAGUUCGAGGCUCUGCGUGCCUAUGGCGGCAGCGUGCAAAGAGUGAAUAGCAUGCGACAUAUGGUCCUACUUUGACGACUUGACACAGAUAGUCUUUAAAGUUGAGUUAUCUAUUUCAUUUCGCAACCAACUGCAACAUACCAAGUUCAUUUUGAAUAAAAUGCAACACAAGCACCUCGACGACAUUUGCAUAAUAAGAGACAAAAUAAUGCUGAAGACUAUAUAUUAGCAAAAAUGCACAUUAAGUUAAACCAACAGAAGGACUUCACUCGGGCCGCAGCAUUGCAGCAACGUAGGGAUCCAAGUCGGACGUAUCGUCUGCUACUACAAUGUCGGCUUCCAAUUCUGGCGGGAAACUGUAGCCUUGUUUCUUCAGCUCAGCCAGCCUCUUCGCCAACUUCUCCUUCCUCUUUCUGUCCCGCCUCUGCUUUUCUCGCCUCUCCGCGUACAGAACCAGGACCCGAUACGCCUGCAGAGCCACCACGAUCAGGUUCUUACAGGUGAAGAAGAUGUUGGUGUGGCUG